AUGUUUUUGGGAGAAAUUGAUGGUGAAGCUGAUCUGAGCAUUUAUAAUAUCUCAAUUUUGCCGUCUGAUCAAUGUGCCACCGAAGAUCAAAGGGCAGCAAAAUGUUGUUGUGGAGAUGGGUAUUUUUUCGAUUUUCCAACAAAAUCCUGUAAAGUUUCGGCAAAUGUUGGAUUUAUGUUUGGACGACUAAACGAUGAAUGGUCUCAUAUGGUUGCUUAUGGUCUUGCAUAUCCGAUGAUUGUUAUUAUUUUAACUGCUCCAUUGUGUGCUGUCUUAAUUGGUAUGGGAAAACGAGAAAAACGAGAAGCUGAAAGACGACGAUUUCCAAAUCCAUUAUAUCAAAUGAUAUGGUUAUUAUCUUGCUGCGGUUGGAUUAGUUUACUUUCACCAUUACCAUUCUCAAUUUGGUACUACAUUAUUGGUGAUGGUUAUCGAAAUUUUAAUCAAUCUAUAGUGAUGUGUCAUAUAUUUCGUACCACAAUGGAAGUAAUCCCAAAUACGGUUGAUAUGAUGAUAACGCUGUAUGCUGUUGUACUUGCUGGUGGAAGAUUUUUGACCCAAUAUCAUAGUAACAGCCUAAAACUUCGAACAGUUCAACGGUUUUCUAGGGCUAUAUGGGCAAUUAUGUUCGUCUGUGUGAGUGUUGGUUUUUUACGAUUCUUUGAGCAUGGAGCGGAUGUAUAUCAGUUUUGUUUAGAUACUGAACCAGGUCCAUAUUGGGCCAGUCGAUGUAUGGUCACUGAUGGUGUCCUGUUAUCGUUUUUCAGUCGUCAUUUUUGGAAGAUUCUAUUACCGUUGGUCGAGUUGGUUCUACAAUUUUUUUUGCCAGCACUUUUGUUAGUGGCAUUGCAUAUCGGAUUUUUUCGCGAACCUGUAAUUGAAGGCUACGAUAAACACAAUCGUUUAAAAAAAUCACCACGAAGUCAGUCUAAGAUACUAAUAACUGCUGUAACGGUGGUCUUUCUUGUAGUUCAGGUACCGACAGCGAUAUUUACGGCAAUGUCACUACUUGUAAAUAACUUCAAUAAUAAUCGACUAUUGACUCGACUUGUUGUUAUCUUUGCUCAUAUUCAACCACUGCUUUCAUUGGCAACAAUUGUUGCAAACAAUUCAGCAUUACUGUUCGCAUAUUAUGUUAUUGUUAAAGAUGAUGAUACUGAGUUCAGUGAGGAAGAAUCAUUGUACGACAGUGAGACUCCAGCAGAUAGUCUGUUACGAAAACGUAGAUCAGAAAAUCCACGAAGAAGCAUUGACCCAACAGGGCAAUAUUUAUCGGUGAGUAAAAGUUUUGACGAAAGUUCGUUGCUGUCCAGCAGCCGUCGAGGCAGUCCAGAGCCUGAACCAGUGUUUCUCUAA